AUGUCUUCACCAUCGGGUUCCUCACAAGCAUCUGGAGCCGGUAAGUCCAAUGGCGCUCUCAACAAGGCAUUUCCACACAUUGAUCUCGAUGGUCAUAACCUUCCUCCCUCACCUGCACCCUCUAGUCCUCACAAUGGUAGAAGAUACGCGUUGGCCACCGAAUUAGUUUAUACAGAGACCAAGGAUCAAUAUGGAGCUUCAAGCAUGCCAAUAUAUCAAUCUGCCACAUUCAAGCAGAACUCGGCUGGUGGUGGAUCAGAAUACGAUUAUACACGAUCCGGAAAUCCUACGAGAACACAUUUAGAGCGUCAUCUCGCAAAGAUCAUGAACGCUAACCGUGCGCUUGUCGUCGGUUCCGGUAUGGGAGCAUUAGAUGUUAUCACACGAAUUCUACGACCUGGAGACGAAGUUAUUACAGGAGAUGAUUUAUACGGAGGUACCAAUCGAUUGUUGACAUACCUGGCGACGAACACCGGUAUAGUUGUACACCAUGUUGAUACGACCAAUCCCGAUAAAGUCAAAGCAGUCUUGGGUCCUAAAACAGCUAUGGUUUUGCUAGAGACACCAACCAAUCCCUUGAUAAAAAUCGUCGAUAUUGCAACAAUAGCACGAACCGCGCACGAGUUGAAUGGAAAAGCUUUGGUAGUUGUUGAUAAUACCAUGCUUUCUCCUAUGUUAUGCAAUCCCUUGGAUCUCGGUGCCGAUAUUGUCUAUGAGUCAGGUACAAAAUAUCUUUCUGGGCAUCACGACAUUAUGGCUGGUGUUUUGGCUUUCAAUGAUCCCGCUAUUGGAGAUAAGAUGUUUUUCACAAUCAAUUCUACUGGAUGUGGUCUAUCACCAAACGACUCAUUCUUACUCAUGAGGGGGAUAAAGACUUUGGCAAUUCGUAUGGAGCGACAACAAACCAAUGCACAGGCAAUUGCUGAGUUCCUCGAAUCACAUGGCUUCCGUGUGCGAUACCCUGGGUUAAAAUCCCACCCUCAAUACGAUCUUCACUGGUCUAUGGCCCGCGGAGCUGGUGCCGUUCUAUCUUUUGAGACAGGCGAUGUUGCUCUCUCCGAGAGAAUUGUUGAAGCGGCAAAAUUAUGGGGCAUUAGUGUCAGUUUUGGUUGUGUCAACAGUUUGAUCAGUAUGCCAUGCCAGAUGAGUCAUGCCAGUAUUGAUGCGAAGACGAGAAAAGAAAGACAGAUGCCAGAAGAUAUCAUUAGAUUGUGUGUUGGCAUUGAGGACGUAACAGACUUGAUCGAUGAUUUGAGCCGUGCUCUCGUCCAAGCAGGUGCUGUAAAGGUAACUCUUGAUGGAUUCCAUGCGAUAGGUCCUGCUCAAGCUAUUGCUGAGGUACCAAUUGCUGAAUCGGAUGAUGCGGCUGCUCCAUUCUGGAAUGUUUCGGACGUCUCAACAAUUGAAAUUCUAUUUAUCACCUCAUAUCCAUAUGCUUUCUUAUCGAUUUUGGCUUUGUUUAUGAAGGAAGGUCUCGUGCCAGAGUCGAGGACUCAAUGUCAUUCGCAUCAAGUUUCGAAGAGCAUCUUCUUCAACGUCAUAUCGCUUCUAUGUACGACCAUAAUGUCCAAAUUGGGCUUUUUGGCCGUACUCUUCUUAUAUGUUUUCCAAGUUAAAGCGAUUUCUUGGGAUGAAGCUUCUUCGACAUCUACCCCAAGACAGACCACAUCUUGGCUCCCGAUUCAAACACCAAAUUCUCCCCUCAUCACAGCGUCCACAGCGUCCUCAUCCAACGCCAAUCAUACCUACGAGUCACCUAACAUUUGUGGAUGGGUGGAUCAUAACCCUGAUAACUCAUAUACUUGUGGGGGUUCUGCUACCUGCUUUUGGAACUCUUCCCUCAAAUUGGUUGGAUGUGGAUACGCAACCUCGAUGGAUUACUUCGCAUCUUGCAUUCCAUACAAGGCACUCAGUUAUUGUGACAGCUCUUGCUUUGCCAAUCCAAGUAUUGUUCGUUGUGGUUCCGAUAUCCCUUACUGCGCGACUGCUCGUGUUGGGCCUCAAGGGAGUUAUUCAAUCCUAGCAUGCCAGGCUAAUAAACCAUAUGGGAGUUCUCAUGUAAACUUGGUAUAUAAAGGACAAAUGACAGUUGGUCAUCUCCCUCGAUAUCUUGGUGCGGAUGGAAUAAUUACAUAUGCCACGCAUACUCCGAAUGUGUCAUCAUUGACCACACAAGGCACAGCCAACCGCUCAUCAUAUGGACUAGAAGGCGCUCCCGUACAAGUUUCAAGCACUUACUUCCAUAAUCCAUCCUCGGAUUACCAUUCAAGGCCUUAUCACGAAGGGAUCAAUACCAUGGGUGCCGUUCCUGAAGCCGCUAUUGUCGCAGGAACUAUCGUAGGAGGUCUCGUGGUUAUUUGUGCAGUAGCUGGUUUCGUGGUGUUUAUUAUUUAUAGAUAUAGGAGACGGGCACCAACAGCCGAUAUGCAGGCGGAUCUCGAUAUGAUGCCGCUGGAGGAAUUGGAGGGGAGGAGAACUAAUAAUGGUCGUUUGUGUGCAUCGGCGCCCCUGGUUCCGGUACCAAUACGCAGGGCGUCAAUGGUGAAAUGA